GCCUUGGGGCUGGGCUGGUGAUGGGGAAGCAGAAAGUCCGGUUUCCGGAGGAUGGUGAUCCUCUCCUCCCGCUUCACCCUCCAGAGCCACACACUGAUGGAGACACCUCUUGAGAAGGCCCUGACCACUAUGGUCACCACUUUCCACAAAUAUUCGGGGAGAGAAGGCAGCAAACUGACCCUGAGCAGGAAGGAACUCAAGGAGCUGAUCAAGAAGGAGCUGUGUCUUGGAGAGAAGAUGAAGGAGAGCAGCAUUGAUGACCUGAUGAAGAGCUUGGACAAGAACUGUGACCAGGAGAUCGACUUCAAGGAGUACUCAGUGUUCCUGACCACUCUGUGCAUGGCCUACAAUGACUUCUUCCUGGAGGACAGCAAGUGACCAGAGCUCAGCCCCUUGUCCAUGGCCUCUGUAGCUCCUCUCACAGAC